AAGAGCCAACAAGUUAACGCUCUUCGCCCAGGGUAAUGAUAUAUUUAUCAAUUUACCAACGGGGUUUGGAAAAAGCUUGAUCUUCCAAGCUUCCACAGUUAUUGUGGACUUUUUGAAAGUUGUUGGUGGAAACGAUAACCAUGAUAACGACGACAUCGGCGCUGACGAGAAAUCAUUGGUUGUUGUCGUCUUGCCGCUUAAGGCUCUGGCUGUAGAUCAGUUAGACCAUGGAGGAAUGUAUUCCGCCAUGGUUAGACCGAGUAAGCAAACUCGGUCUGGAGGCUGCUGAUAUUACUUUGGAUAUACCAGAUCAUGUUUUGGAACAAUCGCCCAAGUACUCGAUCCUGUUUGCAAGUCCAGAGAGUCUUUGCUCAAGCAAAGGGAAGGAACUACUGUUGCUGGUCAAAAACAGAUGCUGUGGAUUGUUUGUUGACGAAAGUCAUUGCGUAUCGAAAUGGGGUCAUUCAUCAACCAAGAGUUCAGCAUUCCGGAAGUGCUAUGGCCAGCUGGGACAGCUACGCUCCAUCCUGAACCAGUCAAUUGUUUAAUAUCACGUUUUCACCUGAGGUUGUUUUUAAAACCAAAAAUAACUGUACAUAAUUAUUUUAAUGGCACUUGAAUUUUGACCAUAUUCAAUUAAAUGAUGAUUUUUUGGUUGUAGUCAAUGACUAUGUGUACAUGUAUUUGUUUAUGUCCAUAUUUAAUCAAGUGUGAACCAUUAUUAGCAAACUUUAAGCUGUAGGCACACUGUCCAAACCAUGAUCAAAAGACGAGUCCAAUUCAGAUAGAACUGUGUGUUCUCCAAUACGACACUAUUUUAGAGGGAAGUAGUCAACAUGUGUUAUUAUAUUAAUUUCAUGAACAGUGAGUUUUUACACUGAAACCAAACAAUGAUUGUCCUUUCUUCAUCCUGUUGUAAUAAUAAGCACAGUGAACUUGUCUCAAUUUUUAAACAACUAUUAUUGUAUCAUUGCCAAAGGUUCAAGACAAAAACAUGUUGAUUAGGUCUUCUUGUUUUUUUCUUUUUCAAACUGCUCAACAUGUAGUCAAAUUAAAAAAAGGCUGCUGAAAACGUUAACAACCAAGUAAGAUUGUUGGUGAAAAAAAGUUGUAUAGUAUGUUGUAGUUUGCCAACCUCAA